AUGAGAAGGAGAGUCAAAACCGCCGUCUCUAAAGGCUACUGUGCAUUUGUUGAUGCUGAGCAUGCACUUGAUAAGACACUUGCAGAUUCAAUUGGUGUAAAUACUAAGAACUUGCUUCUUUCACAACCUGAUUGUGGUGAACAAGCACUUGGCCUUGUGGAUACCUUAAUCCGGAGUGGUUCGGUUGAUGUAAUUGUUGUUGACAGUGUGGCUGCUCUUGUGCCUAAAGGUGAACUUGAUGGUGAGAUGGGUGAUGCUCACAUGGCAAUGCAGGCUAGGUUGAUGAGUCAGGCUCUUCGGAAAUUGUGCCACUCUUUGUCUCUUUCCCAGUGUAUAUUGAUUUUUAUAAACCAGGUGAGGUCUAAGAUUUCUACUUUUGGAGGAUUUGGUGGUCCCACUGAAGUUACAUGUGGUGGUAAUGCACUGAAGUUCUAUGCUUCUGUGCGGCUAAAUAUCAAAAGAAUUGGGUUUGUCAAGAAGGGUGAAGAGACUCUGGGAAGCCAGGUUCUUGUCAAGGUUGUGAAGAACAAGCAUGCCCCUCCAUUUAAAACGGCACAGUUUGAGCUUGAGUUUGGCAAGGGUAUAAGUAGAGAAGCAGAGGUUAUAGAGUUGAGCAUAAAAUACAAACUCAUAAGGAAGAGUGGUUCCUUUUAUGAAUACAAUGGCCAGAAUUUCCAUGGCAAGGAUGCUCUAAAGAGGUUUCUGGUGGACAGCGACAGUGUACAAGAAUUAGCAACAAAGCUCAGGGAGAAGAUUCUUAAUACGGCGCCGGAAGUUGACCCCGAGGAACAGGUGAUGAUCGAAGACGUUAUGGAAGAAAUGGUAUCUCUUGAUUCUACUGAUGAAACUGCUUCUGAUGCUGCUGCUGUUGUAGAAGCAUAAAUUUGCUAAUAACCUUAAAAUAUAGGGUACUGCAGUUUCCCUGCUUCAAAAAGAAAACUCUACUCACAGGGCUGUCACAGAUGAAGAUGGCUCUAACAAGGUGAGAAGGAUGCCACAUGGUUCCUAGUUUGGAACAAAUUUUCCUCCUUGUGAGCACAAGGCACAUUGCCUUUGUAAAUUGAAAUUUUUGGUCAUUUUAUGCGAGCCACGAGUCCUGUUGUGCAUCUAAGUUUUGUGACUGAUGAGGAAUCAAGGGCCCUCUAGGCUCAUCAAUACUUCAGUCAUUAUAUGAUUCUGUGUGUAUAUGUAUUCCUUGUAAGAAUUUUGCAUGAAUCAACACUAUUAGAUGAAUAUCUUGCA